GCACGUAUUAUGCGCAUAUGGAUAUUCGCACGUGUAUUGAAGAUUUGCAAGAUGGCAGCUUCCACAAGCAGUAGCGUGGGUUCGCAUUUACAAGCCCGAUUUUUCACGAAACAGAAGAGGUUUGUUGUUGGUAACACACCUUUCUCUGUUCCAGCCAACGUUGGUGUGACUGAGCUGAGUUCUCUCAUCAAUAAACUUCUCAAUGAAGACAAAGCCGAGGAAGAUAUCGAAAAUGUCGAAUUUGACUUCCUCAUUGAGGGGGAGUUUCUACGGGUCCCUCUCGCUUCUCACUUUGAGGUCACGCAAACUUCAACCGAGGCUGUAGUUGAUAUCGAGUACGUGGUGAAACAGACUGCUCCGGAGCCAGUGGGAAGCAUACUUCAUGAUGACUGGGUUAGCUGUAUACACAAUGAUGGAGAUAGGAUUCUGACUGGUUGUUAUGACAAUGGUGUGAGACUGUGGGGGAGGAAUGGAGACAACAUAGCAACACUUCAGUACCACACAGAUCCAGUCAAGUGUGUUUGCUGGAUCAAAUCUGGUGACCCUGUUAGUUUGCUGGUGAGCGGAUCACAUGACCAGACUCUCAUCAUCUGGGAAUGGAAUGAGAGGGAGAAGAAGAGUCAACCACUGCAUGUAUGCAAGGGUCAUGCUAUGAGCGUAGAUGCAGUUGCUGUUGACCAAUCACAGACAAGAAUUUGCAGUGGGUCUUUUGACAAGAUGCUGAAAGUGUGGUCUGCAGUUCCAAGUUCAGGGGAAGAAGAACCACCAGAAAUUCAAGAGCAACAAAAGAAGAGAGUUAGGAGAGACGAUAGCACACCUAUUAUACGAACUCCCAUAUCCACACUGGACGGUCACAAGGAGGCUGUCUCCUCGGUGAUCUGGACGGGAAAGGAUGAAGUGUGCAGUGCAUCGUGGGAUCAUACGAUACAGAUGUGGGAUGUAGCACAGGGAUCGAACAAGUCGAACUUGACCGGUACCAAGGCAUUCUUGAGUCUCUCCCAUUCCCCCUUGAAUGGUCUUCUUGCCAGUGGCAGUGUGGACAGGCAUGUGAGAUUAUGGGACCCAAGAAUCAAAGAUGGAGCAGUGGUAAAGUCCUCCCUCACACAUCACAAUGGUUGGGUAUCGUCGGUGGCGUGGUCGCCUAGCAACAAGGAUCAACUCCUCUCGGGGUCCUAUGACAAAGCUCUAAAGCUGUGGGACAUCAGAAGCCCAAAGGCACCACUCUUCAACAUGACGGGAUUGGACGAUAAGAUACUCACUGUUGAUUGGUCAAUACCUGACCUACUUCUUUGUGGAGGAGCCGACAACUGUCUGCAUAUGUUCAGCACGGCAGAAGCUCUGUCGACGACCGAAUCAUCGACGGACGGUAACAUUGCAGACUGAACAAAAUAUGGCAUCCUUGACAAAGACAUUUCUGGAGUCUCUAUGAACGAGACUUCAUUUCCAUUUUUUAAAUGCUUAUACCAAACAAUUCAAGGUUCCUUGAAUAUGUCACACCGCUAUACGAGUGAUCAGAAAGCAGCAUCAAACUGAGGUACUGGUUGUGCUACGAAGAUCAUCGUUGGUACGAGAUCAAGCCAAUUUUUUUUCAUGGAGACCUUGAUUAUGAGCCUUCUAGGAAAGGGUUCCUAUUUUAUUUCCCAACACAAUAAUUUUCAUUUUUAUAACUUUAUUCCGUAUUGUGUAGAAAUGUAUUAAAAUCAUCAUGUUCUCUUCUACUUCUACUUC